UAGCGAAAGUGUUUUGCUUUAAUUGCGUUUUAUACGGAUAGACAUGUGGUUUUUAUAAAGUUUAUUUGCGGGCAGGUAUUAAUUCUUGCUCCCCACUGUUGCGUGGAGACGUUUACUAGCAUCGUUAGCAUCGAUACCUCUCUAAAGGGCAUCAUGCAGUUUGCCAGCAGAAAAAAGAAGCUUGUUUCUAACCCCAAGACUGAGCUCUACACAGAGCCUCUGCAGUUUUACGGGCAGCCUCCUCUGGAAAACAUCUCCCUCUCUGAGUUUGAGGCUUUCGCCGUUGACAGACUGAAACUGCUGAAGACCGUAGAGAAUUUGGGAGUGAGUCUGGUAAAAAGUGGAGAGAAAUACUCGAACAAACUGGAUUCAGAGUUGAGGACACUGAACUUUCCAUAUAAGACGGAUGGUGUUAUUAAGGAGGAGACUGAGAAACGACGAAAAGACCACAUUUCUCACUUCAUACUGAGGCUGGCCUACUGUCAAACUGAAGAUCUGAGGCGCUGGUUUAUUCAGCAGGAAGUCGAACUCUUCAGAUACCGCUUUAACCACCUGAGACCCGAACACAAGCUAGAAUUUCUCCACAAAAAUAAUCUCCAGUACAAUACUACUAGUGACGAGGAGAAGGAGCAACUGAGGGUAAAACUUCUCAACUCCACUUACAGCGUCAGUGGAGUCAGUUUGGAGCAUGACUUCUACAAAGUUCCUUUUCAAGAUGCCCUUGACCUGGUGCGGACAAGGAAAGUGUAUCUCAAGGAAGGCUACGCGUACAUUCCUCAGAGUGAAAUCGUCGCCAUUGUUCUCAAUGAUUUUCGCACAAGGCUUUCCAAAGCUCUUGCAUUGACAGCCCGCUCUCUACCAGCAGUGCAUUCUGAUGAACGUCUCCAGCCGCUUCUUAACCACCUCAGCCAUUCAUAUUUUGGACAGGAUUACAGCGGCCAAAAGAACGUUGGGAAAAUCUCCCUGGAGCAGAUCGAUUCACUUGCAGGAAAGUCCUUCCCGCUGUGCAUGAGGCAGCUCCACAAGGCCCUCAGAGAGAACCACCACCUUCGCUAUGGAGGCAGGAUGCAGUACGGCCUCUUCCUCAAAGGCAUCGGCCUCUCUCUGGAGCAGGCGCUGCAGUUCUGGAAGAUGGAGUUCAUCCAAGGCAAAGUGGAUGCAGACAAGUUUGACAAAGCAUUUGCCUACAACAUCCGGCACAUGUUUGGCAAAGAAGGCAAGCGGGCAGACUACACCCCCUACAGCUGCAUGAAGGUGAUUCUGUCAAACCCACCCAGCCAAGGCGACUACCAUGGAUGUCCGUUCCGUCACAGUGACCCAGAACUGCUGAAGCAGAAGCUUCAGUUCUACAAAGUGUCUCCCAGCGGAGUCAAUCAGAUCCUGGAGCUGGUCAAAGGAAUGCAUUAUCAGCUGGCGUGCCAAAAAUACUUUGAAUUGACCCACAAUGUGGAGGACAGCGCUUUCUCUCUCAGUCACCCCAACCAGUACUUCAUAGAGAGCCAGAAACUUUUGGGCGGAGGGAAGGACGUGAAGCGAGAAACGGAGACGCCGCAGAGGUCACAGGAAAACUCUGCCGCCAAAGGACCCGCUGCAGCUCGAGAGCCCGCAGCUGUGGAAUCCCAACAUCUGGCCGAGAUGACAGCGAACCUGGAGACAGACUUCCUGAAGACUGACUUCUGAUUUCUGUUUCGCUCCAUGUGGAAAUAAGUGCUUGCCUCUGGUAUGAGGGUCAGGGCUUUGCUGGCUGGAAACUGUAUAAUCCGAGUUUGGUAAUAAAGAAAACCUGAGUUGAUUUAGUUUAGUGAGUCAUGUAGUGCCUUGAACUUUUCCACAUUCUUCCACAAGCAUCAACGUGUUUUAUUGGGAUUCAAGGUGAUUCACUAUAGUGAAAAUAAAGGUUGAUUUGCAAUGUUGUUGUUUUUUUUCUAAUAAAAAUCUGAUAAGUGUAA